AGAACUCACAGAUCAGGCAACGACCGUACUGGCCGAAAUAGAGCACCUGUUGUCAGAAGAAGAUCCCGAAACUGUGACGGCGCUGGAGGCUCAUAGUGUUGACCACUCGGCGAUUGGCGAAUCGAUUCUGAUCAAUGCGUUGAAGUGCAGGAAUGCGCUCGCGGUUCGGGAAUUCCUGGCGUCCUUGAGAAAACCUAGCCGUGAGGAGGUCUCUGGCGGUGAUCGGGAAGCCUUAUCGAAGAUCUUACUUCGAUUCUGCACGAGUAAGGAACCGGAGUGUAUCGACCUGUUACUGGAGAGCAACUUGGUGAGCUUGAACAUUGCUGACGAUAUCAGCGGCCGGACAUGCCUCCACGAGCUGGCCAUUGCAAACCGGGAAGAAACGCUGGAAAAGUUCAUCCGGAAGGGCUCCAAAGUGGAGGUCACAGAUGCAUAUGGCCGAACGCCGCUACACUAUGCAACAAUGAAUGGACAAGCCUCCAUAACACGGUACCUCAUAUCAGUAGCUGCAAACAUCAACGCAGUCGACGACGAUGGAUGUACACCGCUGGUGUACGCAAUAAGAGCAGGACACGCGGACUGUGUGGAGAUUCUGAUAGAAAAUGGGGCAACGGUGGAACCCAUAUCAUCAACAGCCCCAAUUCCGCUUUCCAUAGCUUGCGAACACGGCCACAGUCAGAUUGUCAUGUUACUACUGAGCAAAGGCGCCCAGCUCACCGCGGACCUCAAUGGACUGUUCCCUUUACAUCUAGCAAGCAGAGAAGGGCAUCAGGACGUUUCGCGCCUGUUGCUCUCGCAUGGCGCAGAUGUGGACGCUGCGGACGGGCUGAAUGGGUGGACGCCCAUCUUUUACGCUGCGUCCGAGGGCCAUCUCGAGUGCGUGCAGGUCUUGUUGGAGGUCGGGGCUCGGAUUGACAUGGUGGACGAGUACGGAUGGACACCGGUCACAUAUGCGUUGUAUCGGGGACAUAUCAAGAUCGCGGAACUGUUGGAGUUGAAAAUGGACCCGGGGUUCUCCUCGAAACAGGGCCAGUCGCCUCCGAAAGUGGACAAUAUUAAGCCCAUGGCGCCUAGCGAGCUGUUUUCCGCCGCUCCUGACCGGUCGAAUUCGCCUACGCCGAUGGAUUUGGAUCUGGAUGAGUUGCCUGAUUUGUCGUUACCACCGCCGAUCAUUCCGUUCAGAAUAUAUGGACACGCCUUCUUGGACAAGAAAGCACACAUCCGCGUAACGCUGAAAGGACAGUCCGCAUCCCAUCCUGGCCCAGUGUCACUGAAGGAAUCUCAACAAAUGACAUCGCUCAAGCUGGUCAUCAGCGGCAAACCCGAGGUUGGCGUGCCAUACCACGUCAUCCUCCCACUACAAGACGACCUCGAAGUCCACACCUUCCUCGUGGAAGACACGGCGUCCUUUUCGCUGCAGUUUGACGUUUUCCCUACGUUUGGAACUAAGCCGAUCGGACGGGCCGUCGUGCUUCCCUCGCAGAUUGCGGCUCUGACGAGGAGGAGAUGGGUGGGGCCGGGCGAACAGGAGUCUGCUGUUCUGCCAUUGUUUGACCCGCAUCUGAGGGUUGUUGGGGAGGUGCAAUGUAAUCUGGAGAUUGUGACGCCUUUUGCGCACCCGAGCUUGCAAAUUGGUGGGAAGGUUGAGACAUAUUGGAAGUCUACCAAGGUAUAACAUGUCCCUCUUGAGCUUCCUUGAGGCUGGAGUUUAACCCGAG